CAGAGCGCCACUAUCACGCAAUUGACCUUUGAUCGUUGAUGUCACUAAUCUCUCGUAUUAGUCUUAACCAAAACACACAACACAGUUCGAAUGUGUGGCGUGCGACGUGCGUUGUUAUGAUGGGCCGGGAACUGUGCAUCGUUUCGGUUUCGUAUUGGGACAACAUUCGCAUACACUUUUUGUCGCUUUUCUUCGGAGGAUGGGUGUUCUUCAAGAGGUUCGUCAAGUGGAUAUGGGAUCCCAAUGGGUUUUUCAAGCUGCAAUUACGUGAUAAACCGCCCGAUUGUUUGGUCGACUCGACUUUAGGUCAACACAAAUACGUCAAAUUAAAGGGUGUAAAAUUUCAUUACGUCGAAUCUGGGUCGAAAGAAAACCCACUAAUAAUUCUACUCCAUGGUUUUCCUGAUUGCUGGCUGAGUUGGCGAUAUCAGAUCCCUGCAUUAUCCGAAAACUUCCACUUGAUUGCGUUGGACCUUAAAGGAUUUGGCGACUCCGAUAAACCACUUUCUAAAAGAAGCUAUCGAAUCGAAGUAAUUUUAGAGGAAUUAAAGCAGUUGAUAGCUUCUCUUGGAGUAUCGAGCACGACGAUCAUCGGUCAUGAUUUGGGCGCCCUUUUGGGUUGGUACUUCGUGCACCAGUACCCGGAAAUGGUCGACAAGUUCUUCGCGGUAUCCUGUCCCCAUCCCAACAUAUACUGGAAGAGUCUUUCCACCACUUUGAACUACCAGUGGGUCAAUUUCGCGCAGCUGCCCUAUCUUCCCGAAAUAGACGCACUUAAAGAAGAUGUCAGGAUUAUUACGGACUAUCACAACUACUUACCCGCCAAAGAUGUAUACUUAGAAGCCUAUAAGUACUCAUUUUCGAGAAAAGAAGACUGGACUGGCCCUAUUAAUUACUAUAGGAACCUGCCGUUUACAAAAAUUAGUGAUAAUUGCGAGCAAAUCAAUGUAACUACCGUUCUUGUAACUGGUAACAAAGACAAUUUCCUAAAGUUAGAGGAUAUCGUCAAGUCAACGGAGUUUUGCGAGAAAUUCUACAUGAAAAUCAUCGAUGGCGCAGGGCACUUUCCUCACCAAGAAAGCCCGGAAAUGUUUAAUAAGAUCCUAUUGAAAUAUUUACGAAAACACAGCAUCACCAAAAAUGUAGAUAGAUCGCCUUCGAAAUAUUUAAUGGACAGAAUGUUCGGUGCGGUCAGUAAUAUAUCAACAUAUGGCAACUCCGUUUUGGACAGUGUUCAAAAAAGGACGAACGGUGUGGUUAACAACUUGCAUAACUUUAAUUUGGGCUCAAGCUCAAACUCUAAUAAUGAAGAUGUGACUGAUAGUUUUAAGUUUUCUUAAUAAUUUUCAUUAUUAUUAUAAAAACGGGUCGAAUAUAUGUCAUUUUAAAAUGUGAGUCUCGAGUUGUUAUAUUUUAUUUUUAAUCAUUAUAGUUUUACAUUAUCAAA